AUGUCUGCCGCUGUUGCCAAUACCACUGGUGCUACUCCUAGCAACAACAACUGGAGAGGCUUUUCCACCACUGAAACCAACGUCAUUGAAGCCAAAUUCCCUGACAGGAUCGAAGGCCCCUCAGCAUGGGAUGGCAAAGAACUUGAGAAGCAACCUGAAAAGUGGAUCUACCAUGUCACCCCUGAAGACAUUGCCGACAUUGAUAAGGCACUCAAGCAUUUCAAGUCACUUGACCUUCCCUUGACCGAGAUUGCACCAUCCAACUUUCCAUUGACCACAUUUGCUGACGUGAUCAAGAAACAACGUUCUCAGCUAUUUGACACGCUUGGCUUUGGCUUGAUCCGUGGAUUCCCUAUCCUUGAUUACGAACGUAAAGACCAGGCUAUCAUUUUUAUGGGCAUUGGGUCUUAUAUUGGUAAACGCAAACAACAAAAUGGCAAAGGCCAUGUGCUUGGCCAUGUCAAGGAUCUCACCUAUGGAUCAACCACCAAGAGCGUCUAUGAUGCAGAAUCACCUACGACCCGUAUUUAUGCUACUCGUAAAGCCCAACCUUUCCAUGUGGAUGGUACCGAUGUUGUUGGACUCUUGUGCUUGAACGAAGGUUACGAAGGUGGUGAAAGUUCCUUGAUUUCAUCUCACACGGUGUAUAAUCGCUUGCAAGAAUUGCGACCCGACAUUGUGGAGCUCUUAAAAGAACCAUGGCUGUGGGAUCGCAAGGAUGAGCAUGGACCCGGAGAAGCUCCUUACAUUGCUGCUGCGCCGCUUACUUACUUUAAGAAUCGCCUUUUCACAUUCUGGGGCCCACACUUUUUCGAAACCAUGAGACGAUUCCCUGAAGUGACGAUUGAUGAACGCAAAUUCGAAGCUAUGAGAUACAUCCAAGAAUUGUGUGAACGUGAAUCCCUCAACAUGUGGCUCAAGGUCGGCGAUAUGCAAUGGGUCCAAAAUUAUCAAAUCUUGCAUGCACGAGGCGCUUACAGAGAUCAACCCGGUGCUACCCGUCACUUGUUACGUUUGUGGUUGCUCGUGGAUCCAGAACAAGUUGGCUGGGAAAUGCCAUUCAAAAAGGGCGACUAUGACUUUGGCUAUGCCAACCACACCGUUCCUCUGGAGGCCGAGUAA